AUGGUUUACGCGGUAAGUAAACGAACCACGUUGGCAGAAUCAAAGUAUCAUUCCAGCCGCCUGGAACUCUUUGCCAUUAUUUGGACCUUGAAUCGGUUACGCCAAUACUUAUUGGGAAUUCGAUUUACUGUCGUGACCGGUUGCCAGGCGCUCGUGUAUUUAAACAUACAUAAGACCACUAAACCUCAAAUCGCCCGUUGGUACGAAAUCUUUCAAGAAUUUGAUUUUGAAAUAAAGUAUCGUCCGGGCACGCACAUGCCCCAGGGAGACGCGCUAAGCCGAGCGCCAUACGACGAGGAAGGCACCGUCAGAUCAGUGGAAGAUGAACUGUCCGAUAGUGUCGACGUAUUUAUCGCCAUGACAAAAUUCGAAGCGGUCCGACUACUGCAAGCCGCCGAUGAACGUGUCUGUAGUUUGGUGGGAAUUCUGACCGGAGUGGACGGACAACCAACGAGACAAACGAUGAAAUAG